CUCUGUAGGAGCUUGGAACACUGUGUGGUGUUUUGUAAAUCACUUCGAGUCGCGCGGACAUUGCGCCCAAGGCGUUAGGCAGGAGUCCUUGUCAAUAGGAUACAUGCGCUUUCUGAGAACGAGGAAAAAAUGCGGAUGAAUUGUGCUUAAUCGGCACAGGAAGAAACAAUAAGAAUCCAUUUUUCCGGCCUCUCUUACGCGUGGUGUUUUGGUUUAAACCGCAGAUUAAACCCAAGAUAAUCGUCAUCACAGACUGAACAAAAAAACGGACACAGAAAAAUUCGUACUUGAAUAUAUUUGUAGAUUUUUUUUUUUUUUUCCACAAAAAAUUUCAGCGCUGUAUAUAGACGUUUAUUGAUCGGAAAAUAAAUCUAGCAUUUCAAUGACACUGACAGCGCCUUAAUUAUUAUUAUUUAAGUGUAUAUCUGCCCUUUUCACGUCCAUAUUUGUGUUAUCUCUAUAUAAGCUACUAACACGUAGCUAUUGUACACUGACAAGUGUUUGAAAAAACAAAACAAAAACAUACGUACAUAAAAUAGCGAGAGUGACAGCAUAUUUAUUUAUGCAUAAAUGAAAAUCGAACCCGGUGCACGUCAAACGCUUUUCUAGGACAGCCGCACAUCAGCGCUCAAUAUCUGCUCUCCAUAUAGUGGAGACUGAACAUCUCGCUUAACAACAUGACGGAUGGACCGAGACAAAGAGGGAGCGCCGCGCCGAGCAUCAACGGGGAUGGAGCGUCAGACUCGGGGAAAGCCGCUGGAGAGUCGUCGGUGGCGUUAAAGAAGGAGAUUGGUCUCGUCAGUGCUUGCGGUAUUAUUGUUGGUAACAUCAUUGGUUCGGGAAUCUUUGUCAGUCCUAAGGGAGUGUUGGAAAAUGCCAGUUCAGUGGGCCUGGCUCUCAUUGUAUGGAUCAUCACAGGCGUUAUCACGGCAAUCGGGGCACUCUGCUAUGCUGAGCUGGGUGUUACUAUCCCCAAAUCUGGAGGCGACUAUUCCUACGUCAAGGACAUCUUUGGAGGGCUCGCAGGGUUCUUGCGGUUGUGGAUUGCUGUGUUGGUGAUCUACCCCACUAAUCAGGCCGUCAUCGCUCUCACCUUCUCCAACUACGUUCUGCAGCCUCUGUUCCCCACCUGCUUCCCCCCGGAGAAUGGUCUACGCAUACUCGCUGCCAUCUGCUUGUUGCUUCUGACAUGGAUAAAUUGUUCUAGUGUGCGGUGGGCAACACGAGUACAGGAUAUCUUCACUGCAGGGAAACUCCUGGCCCUUAUUCUCAUCAUCAUCAUGGGCAUUGUACAGGUCUGCAAGGGCGAAUAUUACUGGUUAGAGCCAGCCAAUGCCUUUGAGCCAUUUCAAGACUAUGAUGUUGGUCUGAUUGCUCUGGCAUUUCUACAGGGCUCCUUCGCCUAUGGUGGUUGGAACUUCCUCAAUUAUGUCACGGAGGAACUGGUCGACCCAUAUGUGAACCUCCCGCGCGCUAUCUUCAUCUCCAUUCCCCUUGUUACUUUCGUUUACGUUUUUGCUAACAUUGCCUACGUCACUGCCAUGAGUCCUCAGGAGCUGCUGGCCUCCAAUGCUGUCGCUGUGACAUUUGGUGAGAAGCUGUUAGGAGUGAUGUCAUGGAUCAUGCCCAUUUCUGUGGCCUUGUCCACAUUUGGGGGGGUCAACGGCUCCCUCUUCACCUCCUCUCGGUUGUUUUUCGCGGGUGCUCGUGAAGGCCAUCUCCCGAGCCUGCUGGCAAUGAUUCAUGUGAAGCGCUGCACCCCAAUUCCAGCCCUGCUGUUCACUUGCAUCUCGACUCUUCUGAUGCUGUGCACCAGUGACAUGUACACACUCAUUAACUAUGUGGGUUUCAUCAACUACCUCUUUUAUGGUGUCACUGUUGCUGGGCAGAUUGUGCUGCGCAUUAAACAACCAGACAUUCAUCGACCAAUUAAAAUCAGCUUGGUGUGGCCGGUCAUUUACUUACUCUUCUGGGCCUUCCUGCUGAUCUUCUCCCUGUACUCAGAGCCUGUAGUGUGUGGCAUUGGUUUGGCCAUCAUGCUUACUGGCGUCCCUGUCUAUUUCUUGGGCGUGUACUGGGAAAACAAGCCCCAAUGUUUCAAUACAUUUGUUGAUAAGAUGACAUACCUGGGUCAGAAGUUCUGUGUUGUGGUUUACCCAGCGGAGGACAAGAAGAAAAAUGAAGAGUGUGAAGAUGAGAUGGAGCUGAAGGAACAAUCGACUCCACUGUCAGGAGAAGAUGUAGAGACACAGAAAUCAGCUGACUGCUAAACAGACACAUGGAGAGACACACGUUAAAUCACUUCAUACAGGGUGCCAGCCUUAUUUUGAUCAACACUGGACAUCUCAAAUUGUCCACAUACCUCUAAGCUUGUUUCUUUAGGCCUUUUUUAUAAGGAAGGGGUUGCACUGGAGGGCUGUAGCUAAGCUCGGGAGAGAGUAUAAUGAACAGAGGCUUGGUGCUCUAUACUCAAGUGAUUUGGCUAUAUAAGUCUUAGAACAUAUUCAGGGUCUCUCAGUUGAUAUUCUAUUUGCAACUGCUUUAUUCUCUUUUGUCUGUGCAACAGAAUUACAAAAUCAACAUUUCUGAUGACAUGAAGAAUGCUUUAGAAUGUACAUAAACACUGUUUUGAAAAUGGAAUUCAAAUUUCAGAAACAAUCUUUUUAUUUUUGUGAAACACUGGGACUUAUCUGAAUCUAGGAAUUAGACCGUUUUAUGGUAAAAUGGGCAAAUUACAUCAUGGCCUCAACUGAAAUGGCAGUUUUUUUUUUGUUUUUUUUUUUCAUUUAUUUAUUUAUUAUUAAGUACAUUCUAAUGUUCUAAUUCUUACCCCUCUAAUCCCCCUCUAUAUUCCUACUUUUUUAGUUCAGGUUUGUCACACUCCUCAUAUUAAGCAUUUUUACAAGUCAAAGCUGUUUUUAAAUUGACACUCAAAUUUUGUUUAAGUAUGAUUUUGAUGUUUUAAAUUGUCUUGUAAUCAUAUUACAUUCUAGUAGUGUCAUACCUGUUAUUAUUUUAUAUUGAUUUCUCUGAUAAUUUUCCUGAAUUAUAGGAAAUCAGUUUUUUUUUAAUCAACAUAUAUUUAAGGCAUAUAUAUACAGUAUAUAUAUAUAUAUAAGAACCAAUUGUGGUGGUUCAGAGUAGUUUUCAGCCAGGUUACUCUGGUGCUAUUACUAUUAUUUUUUUUGCCUUAAUAUUUUUGGUAAACCUGUAUGAUGUUAUUGUAGAUUUUAUUAUCAAUGUUUAAGAAUAUUUUGAUUUCUAAUAUUUUUGAAGAUAAAAUGGUGUCAUCAUGAUGUAUUUGACAGAGAGUUCAGGUCCUUUACAACCACAGUCAGAACCCCCAUGUUCACUUUUAUGCAUUGUUAUUAUUUCAAAAGUAUACAUACAAUUGUUGCUGCAAACUUUUAUGUGAAAAACAAAAUGGUGGCGCAUAACUUGUGUCCGUAAUGUUGACAUAUUUAAAUGGAAGAAAAAACAUUGUAUUGAUAUAAUAGCUAUAUAUUUUUGGUCCUAUCCUUUAUUUUAAGACAAUAAAAGUAGAAUAUGCUAAUGUUCAAGAACUUAAAAUCCCUCUUGACAGCCGGGUGAAUCAAGUCAAAUAGUAAACAAUAUGUUAUACAAUCAGAGGUGCAAGUGACUGGAAUCAAACUAACAAGCUAAUACAAAUCUAUUAUAGACAGGAUACAGAUUACAUUAACAUACUGUAUUACUCAACAAUCAAACUACACAUAAAAAUUAAGCAAACGCCUUAAAAAAUGUACAUUUACUUAAAAUGUGUAGUAUGUUUCUGUAAGUAAAUAAGAUAUGCUCUGUGGAAGAAUCCUUGACUUGAGAGCUCUAUGUAAGUCACUGUUGUACAUAGGGCCUACUAUAACUGCAUAAGGCUUUUUGUGGUCACAGCGUCUUUUUAGUGUGCCUCUAUGUUUAUCUCACCUUUACACACACAAUACUUAUGAAAGUACUAGAAAAAGUGCCAGUUCUGUUCUUGUUUCCGCGUAUCUGUAAUGUGAAAUUGCUGUAUAAAAGGCAAUAUAGAUCACUGUGUAAUACAUGGCCAUUUUGCAUGAGCUUAUUCCCCCUAACAUCAAAUCUAUUACCUUCCCCCUACACAAUAAACACUGCCUUUUAGGUCUCUCCUAUUCAGAUGAUAGCAAGACCUGUCAUUAUCAAUAAAAAACUGUCAGCAUAAUUUCGAUAAUAAUCUAAUCUUUGAUCAUUGUAGGUUACAUCAAAAAUGCAGAGCUUCGGUUCUUGUAAUUUCUACAGCACUGCCUACUGUGUUGCAAACACAAAACCACAAUGUCUAUUUUUUUAUAUAUAAGAUGUGACUUCUGACUGCUACAAUUACAGCCUUUCACGGAUGGGUUUAGACCGCCGAAAGCCAUGCAAGAUGAGUUUUCUGUACAUUUUCACAUGAUAUUAUCACCUGUAACAAAUGAUUGUAUUUUAAAUGUCCUUGUCACAACUAUAUAACUCUAUUAGUGAAUGACCUUUAUAGAUUAUAUUCAUAUUGAAAUGUGUACAGUCUGAAAUAAUAAAGAUGUCAAAGUUCAAA